AGUGAGCUGCUGAAGUCCGGAUCGGAGACAGGCGACGGGACAUUUUUCCUCCGUGCACUCGGAAUCUACGGAGCGCGCUCUGGUCUGCUGCGCCUCGACGCGGAUAGAGGACACUGUGUGCCAUUUUCUGGACUUUUUAUAUGGUUUGAAAUUGGAAUACCCACACAGGAUCAGUACGGGAGAUGAAAGAUGCUUCAAACCAAGUAGCGCACUGGGACUGAGAAGCUUCUCCUCCGUCCUCCGGGGCAGUUCAGUACAGCCAGCUCUGCGUCUCGUUUGGAUUACAUUUACGCACCGCGUCUCUGGACAUCCCUCAGCGCGGCGCGCUCUCUCCAAUGAAAUAUCUCUCCCCAGGAUCUGCCGCGGAUCGAGUCAGUAAACAAAUCGAGUUCAGCGAGACCACCGAGUCCCAAAACUGUCGUCCCGGUGCCGCGGUCUCCCUGCUGACCCCUCUGGACCCUCUCCGCCAGGCAAAGCGGCUUCCUAUCCGAGUUCUCAAGAUGUUGACGGCGCACACUGGACACUUGCUACACCCGGAAUAUUUACAACCGUUAACAUCCGCACCAGUGAGCAUCGAGCUGGAUGCUAAGAAGAGUCCCCUGGCCCUGCUGGCUCAGACCUGCUCUCAGAUCGGCAAAUCAGACCCUCCGUCUUCCUCCAAGUUGAGCUCCUCCUGCGGCCAGGGGGACAAGGAGCCCAGCAGCCGCUCAUCUGUUUCCAGCCUGAAGCUGGGAGAACACCGCCCCUCCCUGGAGGACAAAUCCAGUUUCAAGCCGUAUAACAAAGGUGGCGGAGACUGUCGCAGGGAAGGAGUCGUCACCAGCAGCAGCUCCGGCGGCGAUAAAGUCGGGUUCAGGGUCCCCAGCAGCAGCAGCGUCAGCACCAAUGGGAAUUCAAGCAUCGGGCAGCAGUCGUAUCCGCCUCACGCUGCUUCGCCCCGAGGUGACAGCAACACUCCACCUGGACAGGCGCAGCAGCACCACAAACCGAGCCAGUCUCCCGGUGGACAGCCAGCCUCCCAGACUGCCAGUGACGAGCCUGCUCACGAGCAGGGCAGUCCGACCGGCAUGAGCAGCGCCAGCAGCAAUAAUAAUCUUAAUAACAAUCCCAAAAAAGAUGUUGACCCGAAUAAGGCUCGCUCGGACAGUCCACACCAUGCGAACUCCAGCCACGUUCGGGCCAGCACAAACUGCAGUAACGGCAGCUCCGAUGGCAGUUCGAACCACGACGGCGGUAAAGCCGAGUCCACGCAGCCGAACCUGGGCCCCGGGCACAUAACGCCCAUUUCUCCCUAUAAGACCAGCCAGCCCCUCUUCCCGCUGCCCUCCUCUAACAUGGGUUACCACGGGUCAGUGGUGGGCAGCUAUGCAGGCUACCCGUCACAGUUUGUUCCUGGGUUGGACCCCACGAAGUCCAGUCUCGGCAUGGGAGGCAUGGGAGUGCCCGGAAAGCACCCGAGCUCCAGCCCCCUGACGGGCGCCUCCCCGCCCUCCUUCAUGCAGGGCUUGUGCAGGGAUCCCUACUGUCUAAGCUACCCCAGCGUCUCCCAUCUGGGUGGAAGCAACUGCAACUCCUGCAUCCACGACCCAUCCUCCAGCCUCAAGUCCAGCUUCCCCCUGGUGUACCCCUCCCACCCGCUCCACUCCCUCCACCAGAACUCCCUGUCAUCCAGCGUGUCCUCCUCCCUGUCCCACCCUCUGUACACGUACGGCUUCAUGCUCCCCAACGACCCCCUGCCGCACGCCUGCAACUGGGUCUCGGCCGGCGGGCCCUGCGACAAGCGAUUCGCCACGUCGGACGAACUCCUGGCUCACCUCCGGACGCACACGUCGCUGCCGGUGGGGAUGGACAGUAAGCUGCUCUCCGUUUCGUCCUCUGGACCCGGCUCCUGCCACCUUCACCUCCCGCACCAGAGCAGCCCAGGCUCCAUGCCCAGCUCCCUCUCUCUCAGGGCGCCGCCCAGCCUGGGCUUGGCUCGCUAUCACCCCUACAGUAAAGUCCACCUCCCCUCUGGGCCCUCCUCCAUCUCCCUGCACUCUCUGCCCACCACAGGUCCAUACUACCCUCAUUACGCUCUUUACAGUCAAAGACUUGGAUCCGCUUCUGCUCUUGGAUAUCCGUGAUACUCUAUCUACUUAAAUGUUUAUAGGAAUGAUUUAAUGUUUUGGAAAACACUUCUUUGCUUUCUGACGGAGAGCUGGGAGGAGGAAAUUGAUAACACUCAUAUACGUGCCUUGUGAAUAUGUAGCUGCAGCCAGUUAGCAACAUGUAAAGAGGGGUGAGGCUCAAUAAUAUUCAUCUGCAUGACAUGAUCCUUUCAGGUCAUCUUCUUCAAAAACAUGGAUUUUGUUUGUUAUCUUGCUAAUUUAAAACACGACUACAAUGUUUGAUGUUUUCAGUUGACAACAUGCAGGAAUCUAUGAAAAACAGUUUGAGAGUUCAUGUUUACAUUUCAGGCUGUUUUAUAAACCAAACUGUGCAUGAAAGCCAGCUUGCCUUGACUGGUGUUGGAAGUUGUAAUACCAUCAUACACCACAUGGUGGUGCAAAGCAUCACUCCAGUGUUAAGAGUGUAGUCAGCCCAACAAGAGGAGAUGGAGCAGUGGGUUUCAACUUUGAUAGAACAAGCAGGAGAUGCUGAAGGUCUUAUUGAGGAUCGAGUGACAUUUACAUUGGCUUACGAUCACCACCUGGUCUGCAAAAGUGAUAUGUCAAUUUUACAUAUGAAAUAUUUAAGCCAAUCUGUCUUUGCUGUGUAAAAAGUAAAAGCAAAACUGAAGUUAAGUCUGAGAUGAACGAUUCGCUUGAUCAGUUGUCCUCUUGGAGGCUGUUUUAAUUGAAAAAAACCCUCAUGAUUUAAAAAAAAAAAUAAAAAUCUGAAUCUAUUCACCAACACCACUAACCUUAUGUUAUUGCUCAUUUUUAAA